UGAACAUUUAUCAAGUGCUGCAGCUCUUUUGCGUUUCUUUGAAGCUUUCUUUCCAAUUCCCAUUGAGCAACGCAGCGACACCACCAUCUCCUUGGCGCCAUGAGCACCUCAUUCAGCUGGGGCCAGAGCGGACUCAACAAGUCUAGGUUUGAAGCGUACACAAAGCUCCUGCGACUGCGAAAUGGCGGCCAGGUCGAGGAAUCGUCCGACUUCUCCGAGCGGCCUGACGAUGACAUCGAGCUCACAGACCCGAGCGACGGUACCGAAUCUCUCAGAGUGCACAACCUGUCGCACGUGGACAACAGCAGGCUGAAGAGGGCUUUCCUGGACAGACUGUCUGAGCUCGUGGCGAAUUCCAAAGGCGGCCACCAUGUCUCGGCGGCCUUGAUGGUCGAGUGGCCCGAUCGCGUCGAUGUUCUUGUUGCGAGGAAUAGCGGCUUCAAGCCCGACGAUCCGAGCGUCCGGAUGUUGGAGAGGCUGUCAUCUGGCUUGAGGGAAAUCUCAAGAAUAGGUCUUACAGAUUCUAAGCUCCAUAGAUCCCGAGCCGAAAAACUAUGGGCUUCUCUCGUAGACUGGUACAAACCGCGGCUCAUGGACUACAUUGUCCAGGCCAAGCUCGCUUUGAAGAAGUGCAACCUCGAUGGCCUCACCGCUGACCCUCCAACAUCGCAAGCCACGAGCCCUCAAGUCCAGACCUCUCCUCUUCCAUCUAAGCUCAGGGAACUCUACGACACUCUGAACAACACACCCCGGCUGUCGACAAAGGCUGGGCUCGAAGGAGUAAUACUCCUCGCGUACCAUAUAUGCUACCUCUUCCCCGAGAGCGAGUUUAAGCAGAUAACAAAAGACAAGUCGGGAAUCAGAUCGAUCAGGAAUGCACUCGGUUUUCUGGGCCGAUUACAGUCUUGCUUCAACACAUUGAUCAACGCCACAGAAAGGCUCUCCAACUUUGAUGGCCUCCGCAUAGUCCCAGUUACGAUUCCGCCCAAUAAGCCACAGAGUAAAGCUCCCAACAACAAGUGGUCAGCUGUUGAGACAUUCGCCUCUCUGAAUCUCAGACUCGACGACCAGUCUGUGGAAAAUGUCAUCGGAUCCGGGAACGCGAAGGGCAAGGACGCGUGGACUAAGGGGAGGCUGCUGCAGAAGUUCGACAAGCUCAAGUCGUCAGUCUCCGAGGUGCACGCUGAAGUCCAGCUCGUCCUGGGCCUCGCCCAGCACAGCCACGUCGGCGGUGCUGUGUUGCGCUACAUUGGGUGCAGCAAGCGCGGCUGCUUCCUGUGCUCCAAAUUCGUCCAUGGCUACGGAUCGUUCACGACCCCGGGGUCCCAUGGCAAGCUUUACCACCUCUGGUCUGUGCCCGAAGUGUCCGUCAUUUCGGACUCUGAGUCUGCACAGCUGGCUGCCGCUGUCGGCUCUACCGAAAAGGCCAUGCGGAAUCUCAUCCUGAACAAGAAGAAAGACCAUCUGGCCCACGUCGCUGAAUCCACUGUUGGCGGCUCCUCAGUCGCAUCGACAGUCCGGCGGUUUGGCGACCAGCACUUGAUGGACCUCGUCUCCCGGCACCUCGAAUCCCAGCGUGAAGCUGCCAUGACGCGAAGCGCAGCCACUGACGACACAGAGAGCCAUCUCGACCAUAUCAUAGAGGAACCGCUAGACUCUGACUUCGGCCGCCAAGACGAAAGUGCAGUCCUAGACCCAAAUCACGAUUCGACGGCUGGAGAAUGCGAAAUCUGCGAAACCGAAACCACUCGCCGCUGCUCCUUCUGCAACCGCGGCUGGUUCUGCACCGCCAAUUGCCAGGAAAAGAUGUCCACGUACCACCUCGCCAAGUGCUCGGCCCGAUCCCUGACGACAGCCGACAUCCUCUGCCGCGACGCCAUCGCCGACGAGAUGCCCUCCGACCCUCAAACGCGCGACGACUUUGGCUUCUCGCGGUGCCGCACGUGGCACGAGGAGUCGCACCUGCUGGGCAUGUACCGGGGCAUGGUGGCGCUGUCCGACGACGUGCAUGCACACGAAGUCCACGAGUGGCGGGUCCAGGGCGUCCUCGCCGACAAGAUCGACGAGUUCUAUCUCAAGAUCCCCGAGCGCCGCCGCGGGUCCUACUACCCGUGGUUCGCGCGCAACAAGCACCUGCUCGACCCGUCCGUCCCGCCCGUCGACACUGCCGGGAAAGAUAACCCGCUGCUUCGCGCCAUCGAGCUGGCGAAGCCGUACCUCGACCCGGCCGACAGAGAAAAAGACUUCCGCGACCUCGAGCCGCCGGCGAAGCGGUACUGCUUUGUCUUCUUCGCCAUGGCGCUCGAGACGUCGCGGCCGAACCCCGGCUGGGAGGAGCUCGACAUGUGGUACGACUUUGGCUUUGCGACGUGCGCCGACGAGUACGACGAGGGUGGGCUGGGGUCGCUGUACAACCGGCUGGUGGGUGGCAACAAGUACUUUGAAGACUACAACCGGAGUCUCGGGAUCGCGCCCGACCGCAAGAUGCCCAGCCAGCAGCCAUGCCCGUUCUCCGACUUCUGGCGCGCGUGGGAGGUGCGCAGCCUGCCAAGGCUCUUUGACAGGUAUGGCCUCGGCGGCGGCGCACACCUGCGACACUUUCUGUCUUUCCCGGCUGACAGGCCGCGGCCGUCGGUGUGGCGGCUGCGGCAUAUGCUCGCCCUGGAUGACAAUACCCCUCUGGGCGGCUUCCCUGAGAUCGAGGCGGCGGCGCGAGAGUACGGCUUCACGGCGGGUCUAGACGCGCGGACCAAGAUUGAGCUCUUGCAGUUCUACAGGAAGUUACUAAACCGGGGAGACGCGCUGGAGAUCCACGCGGCCAAGACGAGAGGCAAUUUGCUCGAGUAUUCUGGGAAAUGUCUGGCAGACAUUGACGAGAGGGUGAAGGAAGUGUUGAAGCGGCUUCGGUGAACAACUGAUUGUUUACGAGCUAGUCUGUUGAGACAGUAAUUAGACCAUUGAAGAUCUGUCUAGUAUUCUCGUCAAGGUCUAAAAGAGAACCCGGCAGCCCUAAUCUGAGUAUGUGGCCUUAUGCGAUUCCUGGAGGGCCGCGGUGCCAUAUUUCCCCAAGUUUUCCAUGAGACCAGUGAGAGGGUGACUGGCCCAAGCCUCGAGGAUUGUCGCUCCAUCGAGCUCUGCCUGGAUAACCGGACACCUUUCGAUAAAACGUUUACAUAGUAGGCCGAGCCGUAAGGGCCGAGGCCUUCCGGAUCUUUGAAAGCCCCCGCGCUGACAAACAUUCAGGGAUUGGUAGCACGGUGCGUUUGAGAAGACAAUGGAAAGACCUGAGUCAUUU